ACGUCCACCCAUCCAUCCAUUAUCCAAACCGCUUGUCCUACACAGGAUCGCGGGGAUGAUGGCGCCUAUCCCAGCAGUCACAUGUGAGUGUGUGUUUUGUAAACAUUAGCAGUCUCUCUGUCCACCAGCUCAAUGACGCCUCGUUUCCUCCUCGUGUCACUGUCGGAGCUACACGCUGAGGAGCUCCGUCUCCUGGGCGGUCUCCUCCAGCGACGUGGGAGAGAGAGAGACCUGUCCGAGGAGGAGGAGGUCUCCCCGGCGCUCCUGGUGGACGGCGGCGGCUUAUGGAAGCAGCCCUACCAGCCAAAGGUGCUGGGAGAGGCCGUAGAAAAGCCUGAAGGGUCGGUGAAACCAGAGAGAGAAAACGCUGCUCCGCUUUCAUCCAGGCUGUUUUCUUAUCGGAUGGAGGAGGUGGCGAGGUCCUCCAACAGCAGACCUCCUCCCCCGCACCAGGAGACCGCCAGAACCGCCCGCUACAUUUCCCAUUACAGCGACUGGGGCCAUCUUGCCACCAUCUCAACUCAAGACAAGGGGCAAAGAAAAAGAAAAUGGCAAAAAAGGACCCCAACUAUGAGUAGGAUGAUGCUGUUCUGUUGGCUUCAUCAGUACACGACCUCCAACACACACUGGGGCGGUUUGCAGCUGAGUGUGAAAUGGUCAGGAUGA